AUGAGCAAAAGAACUCUCGAUGAAGACUAUACUUAUCUUCCUCUAAAGAAAGACCAUGCUUCUCGUCCACUAUGGAUUAGUCCAGAAGAUGGACACAUUAUUCUCGAGGGAUUUUCUCCUAUCGCUGAGCAAGCCCAGGAUUUUCUGGUGGCUAUCAGUGAACCUGUUAGUCGACCUGCUCAUAUACAAGAGUACAAGUUAACGCCAUAUUCGCUUUAUGCAGCUGUGUCAGUUGGACUAGAAACAGAAGAUAUUAUUGAAGUUCUCAAUCGAUUAUCUAAAGUACCAGUCCCUGAUUCAAUUACACAAUUUAUUCGACAAUGUACGCUAUCCUACGGUAAAGUCAAACUUGUUUUGAAGCAUAAUCGCUAUUAUGUCGAAUCGUCGCAUCCAGAGACCCUUCAAAUGCUACUCAAGGACUCUAUUAUUAAUGCCGGAAGAAUCCUUCGUGACGAAAACGAUCAAAUCUUAAAUCUUGCCGGGAACAGCUCGGUGUCUAAUAUCUUUAUGGUCAACAGCAAACCGACAGGAAAAGAUUUGACAAUCCCAGGAAUUCAAAAACCUAAAGACCAGGGCAAAGUCGAUCCAGAAAGUCUUUUGGACAAGGAACAAGAAGAGCGCAAAAAAGAAGAUGAAAAAUUAUUUGGUGCGGUUGUUCGUAUUGACAAAGAAGAUGAAGAAGAGGACUAUGAGGGCGAACAAGUUCAUGCUUUUGAAAUUGCUGCCGAUCAAGUAGAAAAUAUAAAAAAGAGAUGUAAUGACAUUGACUAUCCCAUGCUGGAAGAAUACGAUUUCCGUAACGAUACGAUCAACGCCAAUCUUGAGAUCGAUCUCAAACCUACAACUGUUAUUCGUCCUUACCAAGAAAAAAGUUUAUCCAAGAUGUUUGGUAACGGACGUGCUCGAUCUGGUAUUAUUGUGCUGCCGUGUGGAGCAGGAAAGACGCUAGUCGGUAUUACGGCUGCCUGUACAAUCAAGAAGAGUUGUCUCGUACUAUGCACUUCUUCUGUAUCUGUCAUGCAGUGGAAACAACAGUUCCUGCAAUGGAGUAACAUUAAAGAAAAUCAAAUUGCCGUCUUUACUUCUGAUUGCAAAGAAAAGUUCUCUGGUAGCUCUGGUAUUGUUAUAUCGACAUAUUCCAUGGUGGCCAACAAAAGAAAGCGUUCGUACGACGCCCAGAAGAUGAUGGAGUUCUUAGAGUCGCGUGAGUGGGGUUUUUUGCUUUUGGACGAAGUGCAUGUUGUACCAGCAAACAUGUUCCGUACUGUGGUUACCACAAUUGCUGCUCACGCCAAGCUAGGAUUAACAGCAACCUUGGUGCGUGAAGAUGAAAAGAUUGAUGAUCUUAAUUUCUUGAUUGGUCCCAAGCUAUAUGAAGCCAACUGGAUGGAUUUAGCAAGUCGUGGUCAUAUUGCCAAUGUGCAGUGUGCCGAAGUCUGGUGUCCAAUGACACCUGAGUUCUACAAGGAAUACUUGAGAGAAAAUACCCGUAAACGAACCUUGCUGUACGUUAUGAACCCAAAGAAAUUCCAGGCCUGUCAAUAUCUGAUUCAGUAUCAUGAAAGGCGUGGAGACAAGAUCAUUGUUUUCUCAGAUAAUGUGUAUGCUUUAGUGGAGUAUGCAAAGAAACUUGGAAAACCUUAUAUUUAUGGUGGCACUGGCCAGCAAGAACGUAUGCGUAUUUUACAAAACUUUCAAUACAAUCCUGCUGUCAACACUAUAUUUCUGUCCAAGGUCGGUGAUACCAGUAUCGAUCUUCCAGAAGCUACAUGUCUCAUCCAAAUCUCGUCUCAUUAUGGCUCGCGUCGCCAAGAAGCACAACGACUUGGCCGUAUUUUGCGAGCCAAGCGUCGUAAUGAUGAAGGUUUUAAUGCGUUCUUCUAUUCGCUUGUAUCUAGAGACACUCAAGAGAUGUAUUACUCCACCAAGCGACAACAGUUUCUGAUUGAUCAGGGUUAUGCAUUCAAGGUCAUCACCAACCUCGAAGGCAUGGAUAGUGACCCAAAUCUGGUAUUCAAAACCCACAAUGAACAGAUGGAUCUCCUCAAGGCUGUCCUUUUGGCUAAUGAGGCUGAUCUAAAAGAUGAAGAAAUCGAUCACACAGACGAUGUUGGUAGAAUUACUGAUCGUCGUGUGGUAGCCAAGAGCCGAGCCGGUGCAGUAAAACGAACCAUGACAAGUACCAAAACUUUGUCCGGCGGUGAUAAUAUGGCUUACUUGGAGUAUUCUCGUAACGCAGGCGGACAGUUUGCUAGUCGUGGGCGUGGUGGUGGACAGUCGAGUAGUAAAGAGCAUCAUGCGUUAUUCAGGAAACAUUAUGGACGCAAAUAAGUUCAGUUACCUUCUUUGCAAAGAUAAAUUCUAUUAUAUUUGAAGCUGUGUGUACAAAAAAGAAAGAAAGAAAGAAAGGUGAGAAAUCAUGGUGAUCAAUAGCUUUAUAAACAUUCAUUUUUAUGCGUUAAAUACACAUACACAUACACAUACACACAUAUACAUAUCUACAUAUACAUAUACAUAUAUACUCCUUUACUCUAUCCGCUCGAUAUUGAUUCAAAUCAAUUGAUAAAGUCUAUAUAUAUAUUUUCCCUAAUAAAUGACUUCAAAUGGUCCAAAACC